CCGUGGAGCGAUGAUCGGCUCUUUGAGGAAGCUCGCCGCCUGCUGAUCGCCGAGCUGCAGCACAUCACCUCCGGGGAGUACGUCCCGUUCCUCCUGGGCCCCCACCUGACGGCCCACUACGGGCUGGGGCCGCUUUCCUAUGGAAAUGGUUAUACAACUUAUCAGCCAGCCACCAACCCCUCCAUCAAGGCGGAGUUCAGCAUCGCCGCCCGCUUCGGCCACUCGCAGAUUCGGGACACCUACCGGGCCGCCUCCCCCGGCUACCUCAACACCAGCGCCUGGGCCCUCGGCGACAACUUCUUUGAGCCCGGCUUCGCCUGGGCCGCCCUCACCGAUGACCUCCUGCGGGGGGCGGCCACCGACGCCUCCGGCGCCAUCGACAACCACUUCAGCUUCACGGCGCAGAACCUGGUGGCGAAGACGAAGGCGGAGCGCUUCGGCCUGGACCUGGUGGCCACCAACACCCUACGGGGGCGUGACCUGGGCAUUCCCGGGUACAUCUACUUUCUCAAGGGCUGCUUCGGCGUGGACGUCCGCCGGUGGGCCGAUCUGGAGCGGUACAUUCCCCGGGAGGUGGUGGAGCGGCUGCAGGAGAUUUAUGAGUAA